ACACAAUCACUAACAAAAGAAAGAAAGUAAGAAAGAAAGCAAGAAAAAGUAAUAUAGAAGAAAGAAAAAAAGAAGAAUCUGAUAAUGAAGGGUCUUCAUCUCCACCUCUUCCUAGUCACCAUGACGGUCGUUGCAUCCAUCUCCGCUGCUACACCGGCAGCUCCGGCGGCCGGAGGAGUUGUGCCCGAUGAAUGCAGCCAAGAUUUUCAAAAGGUGACUUUGUGUUUGGAUUUCGCGACCGGGAAGGCACCGAAUCCGUCUAAGAAGUGUUGUGAUGCUGUGGAAGAUAUAAAAGAGAGAGAUCCCAAGUGUUUGUGUUUUGUGAUACAACAAGCGAAGACAGGAGGACAAGCCUUGAAGGAUCUUGGUGUUCAAGAAGGCAAACUUAUUCAACUUCCAACUUCUUGUCAGCUCCACAACGCUAGUAUCUCGAAUUGUCCAAAACUUCUCGGGAUUUCGCCGAGCUCGCCAGACGCAGCCGUAUUCAACAGCAAUGCCACGUCAGCAACAACAACACCGGCGGCGCCGGCAGGAAAGUCUCCGGCAAGUCCAGCGACGUCUACUGACAAAGGAGGAUCAGCUUCCAUAAGAGAUGGUCACGCCUUCUUGGCUCUAGCCGUCGCUUUGAUGGCCGUCUCCUUCGUCUCAACCUUGCCUAGGAUGGGUUUGGCAUUGGCCUAGUCCUAGUCGGUAAGGCACGUGAGGCUUUGUUAAGGCACGUGACAUUAGGGUUGUAAUCUUUCUUCAAUAUGUGGUGCUUUUGUUUUAAAAUUUCAAGACUUUUAUUAUCUUUUCAAGUGUGUUUCUUGGUUCGGACAAUUGUUGUAAUGAGUGAACUUUCCCACUUUAAUCGGAUAUUUUCCCGCACAUAACCAAA